AUGUCUACCGUAUUUGAGCCCAGGAGCUCGCAGAGCCGACAAACAAUGGCCGCGCCAUCCGUGGCAGACAGCCUCCCCAGCAUCAACUUUGGAUUCGACGAGCUGCGCGAUCGCAUGGCCCGUUUUACAGCCAAAUUCGAUGCAUUUAUUGAACAAGGGCGAAAGAGGGUGUUGGAGGAGAAGAAUCAAUUCGUUAUGCAGGUCACAGAGCUACAAGAGGACCAAAGGAUGAAGAGAAAAGACAUCGACAUACUCCAAAUGAAGACAAACACACACCAGAACAGCAUCGCCAAGGAAGCAGCCGAGAGCCGCGAGAUGCAAGCCGCCAUUGCCUCGCUCAGCGCCGAGCGCGACAAGCAGCUCGCCCUGCGGGACACACUCCAGAAACAGAUAGAGGAGACGCAGAAGGAGAUCGACACGCGGCUGGCGGCGCAGCGCGCGCAUCAAGCCCAGCAGGAGGCGCAGGCGCGCUUCAACGUGCCGGAGCUGGACUUCUGGAUCACGAACCUGUGCCUCAAGAUUGAGGGAGCAGGGCAAGAGGACAGGCUGAAGUUUGUGUUCUCGCAUAUUGAUGAGAAGGACUGGGAGCGCGAGGCGUGGUUCGAGCUCAGCACUACCUCCAGGGACUACGAAGUAAAGCACUACAGCAUUGAUAUGCCCCCUCCUCCAGAAGAAAACAAACAAGCCUCGGCGCAAGUCGCCGUAGACCUCCUCUGGGAGAUCUCUCAAAUCCUCAACUGCCACCUCGACCGGCGCGAGAUAUCGAUAUGCACCUCCCUGAUCGAGCGGGGCGUCAAUCCGGAGGCACUUGCUACCACCAUCAAAGAGCUGCGCAAGGGCGCCCAGGAGACCAAGAUUGAGCUCGAGUCGCGCAAGCAGCAGCAGCAGCAGCAAUGA